CAGAUGGCAGCGUCAGCAGAGAGACACCCCAACCCAAGCAGCACAAGGCACAGCAACGCCCAACGGCCGGCCGGCGACGACACCCACGCAGCCACGCUCUAACAGGUGGGUCCAGACUGGCAGACUGACUACUCAUUACUGCGGGCCCGGCACCCGCACGCCGUCCCUGCCUGGGCUGACGCCGGGCAGGGUCGGUCCACACUCCACAAGACGGUGAUUGCGCGGCGCCAGUGGUGGCGAGGCGGCCAUUCCAGGCAAAGCGGUGGGUCGCGCUUCCUUCCUCCCUGAGUCCUCACUCGGCUCCUUCCAGCUUCGCCAAAUCUAUCCGAUCUGCGGCUGCGCAGUGAUCUCCCCGGCCUGCGCACGAGGUGCUUGCGAGCAUGUAUCUGCUAGGAAAGAAAACUGGAAAGAAGAAAGUGUAUCUUGGUUAUAUGAGUGCCCCUCUACCGUAUGCCAUUGAAGAGAACUACGGUGGGUGCUUCUUUGAUGACGACGACGAUCUUGCCCAAGUUCUUCAAGAUCAGGAAAUAUUGUAUCAAUUAAUUCAAGGAAGUAAUGGUAGCGGUUCAUCUAGAACUCAUUUGACUCCAAGUUGUAGCUAUGGCCAUGAUCGGACACCAAAUGAACGAAAAUCAUCUGAAGAUGUAAACUAUGAGUUGCAACUAGCAGUUGAUGAAGCUUUAGCUAGAGAGUUGCAAGAAAUGGAGGGCAAACUAGCCAACACUUCACUUAAUGACAAUAAUGGAAGAAAGCCAACAUCAUCUUCAUUGUUUGAUAGAGGCAAUAAUUCUGCAAGUAGACCUCCUCAGGCAGUGGAGGAGGAUGGGAUUGAUCCAGAUAAUAUGACUUAUGAGGAACUGCAACAGUUAGGGGAAGCCAUUGGUACCGAAAGCAAAGGGUUGCCUGAAAGUGUCAUAGCACUCUUGCCAACUUCAACUUACAAAAUUGGGAUAUUCUCAAGAAAGGAAAAACAUGAAGAAUGUGUGAUCUGCUGUAUGUCAUACAAGAACCGGGAUAGGCUUACUAAAUUGCCCUGUGGACAUCAGUACCAUCAAGCUUGUGUUGCUAAAUGGUUACAGAUCAAUAAGGUAUGCCCUGUUUGCAAUAAGGAGGUUUUCAGCUAGUAAAAUCAAACAGUGCAGAUUCGUCUGAUGUCCAGCUCCAGCAACUGUCUGAACUACUGCGUAGAUGUGCAUUAUUUGUAUAAGCACUGCACUAAUGCCCCGCAUUGCUCAAGGAUCAUAGCACACCAAAUUAGUGAUAUCUCGAGCAAAUGCAAUAACAUCUCUGCUUUUGAACUUUGGGACAUUCAGCCUUGGUGCCACACACUAGUCCUUUUUUAUCAUCUCCUAUAUCUGUAUACUGGUCAUUCAUUUCAGUACUUGGCUCCAGUUCAUUCAGCAUACUGUCUGUAAUGUUGCAACUUGUAUUAAAACAGUGACAAAUAUGGAAAAUUAGGCACCGAUGUUUUUUUAAAAAAAGUAGCAGCCAUUGUGUUUA